CUGAAUAUUUUUUCAUCAGAUGCCACAAAAGAGAGUCAAGGAAAACAAAGAAACUUGGGAUGUGGAGCUGACAGUUCUGGUUUCAGCUGGUGAGAACUUGCAGAAUCAGUGAGAAGGCAAAGAAAAAAAUGCCCAGGACAAUGUCGGUAACUCCUGGUAAUUUGUCACUCAAUGGGACGAGCUUCUUCACUGAGAAUCACAGCAUUGUGGACAAACCCAGUGAGCAGAGAACCUGGAAUGUCUUUCUGUUCUGCUUGACUUUUGCCACAGCACUUCCAGCCCUUCUGGGCAGUAUUUAUUCAUUAGUUUCCCUGCUGAAACUGCAGAACAAAACCACGCUUUCGAUGAUUGUGACCUCUUUGGCAGCAGAUGAUCUGAUCAGCAUCGUCCCAGUGAUUAUUUUCAUGCUCAUGCAGUGGUCAAGGGAAGUCCUCCCCCAGCCUCUGUGCACCACCUCAGCAUUUAUGUAUUUAUUCCAGGGCAUUUCUAGCAACCUGAAAGGGUCUCUUAUAGUUUCUCACAACUUCUACACCCUCAACACAACCGGGACCCUGAGCUGCAGCUCCUCCAAGCGCCGUGUGAGCGUGGCAUGGGCCAUCCUCAGCACAUGGACUGUCGGUUUGCUGAUGAGCAUUUUGCCUCUCUGUGGCUGGGGCAGGUACAUCCCCACAUCCUGGGGCUGCUUCGCCGACUGUGCCAGUUCCUACGUCCUGUUUGUGUUCACUGUGUACUCGCUGUGUUUCUCCCUCCUGGCAGUGCUGGCUGUUCCCCUGACACUGCGGCUGCUGUGCUCAGGUGAGCCCCGGCCGCCCCACCCCGAGCACCUGCGGGGCUCCGGAGGCUUCAUCUCCCCCGGGACACCGUGGGGCUGCGGGGCUGCUGCCCCUCUGCCACCACUGCUGGAGCCCGGGGAUAAAGCCCUGCAGCCUUUCCAAAACUCGGAGGCAGUUUUUGGGAAGGGAGUGGCUGAGAGCAGCGCACAGAGCAGGAGCUUCACGGUGGGCUUUGCCCAGAAACGAUUCUCGCUGAUCCUGGCACUGACCAAAGUCCUUCUCUGGCUCCCAAUGAUGAUACAGAUGACUGUCCAGUACAUCACUGGGCUACAGAGCCUUUCGUUGGAGACACUGAGCUUCCUGCUGACCGUGGUGGCUGCCACAGUCACCCCGGUGUUUGUCCUGUCCCAGCACUGGCUCCACCUGCCCUGCGGCUGCAUCAUCAAUUGCAGGAGGAGCUCCUAUGCAGUGUCUUCACAAGAUGCCACAACCAAGCGCAGCGGUUUUGAGUUCAAGCUGUCAUUCCAGCAGGGCUAUGGAAUCUACAGGAUAUCCCAGGAGAGCCCUCCCCACCACAGCAGCGAUGGCAAAUCCUCAUCCCACCACAGCCUGGUGAGCCCUGACUGCGAGGAGAGGGGGCCUGGCAGAGGCACCGGGAUCCAGCCCUUGGCACUGGGCUCCCAGGACAGCCUGGGGGGCACUGGGACAGCUCCUGCAGGGCCAGGGGACUGCCAGGGCCAGGAGGGCACAAAGUGUGACCCCUCAGCAUUCCCAGAAGGACCAGAGUGGAGGUUGUUCCACGAGGAGAGCCACACACCGGAGCUCUCGGACUGGGAGUGGUGCCGGAGUAAAUCCGAGAGGAACCCUCGGCAGCGCACAGCCGGGGCCCUGGCCGUGCCUCUGUGCGCCUUCCAGGGCACCGUGUCCCUGCAGGCCCCCGGCGGCAAAACGCUCUCCUUGUCCACCUACGAGGUGAGCUCCCAGGGGCAGAAAAUAACCCCCACGUCCAAGAAAAUCGAGGUGUACCGCUCCAAAAGCGUCGGGCACGAGCCGAGCCCGGGGGAGCCUCGGGACGCGUUCGCUGACACGAGCGUUAAGAUUCACCUGGAGGUGCUGGAGAUCUGUGACAAUGAAGAGGCCCUGGACACCGUGUCCAUCAUCAGCAACAUCAGCCAGUCCUCCACGCAGGCACGGUCACCGUCCCUGCGCUACUCCCGCAAGGAGAACAGGUUCGUGUGCUGUGAGCUGGGGGAAAGUGCCUCCUACUCCCUGCUCAUCCCCUCGCACAGCCCCGGCAGCGACUUCAGCAUCUCCAUCCCCGACACGGUCGAGGCUCAUCGGCGGAACAGCCAAAAGCAGCACUCGGCCAGGGCUGGGUACCAGGAGGAGAUACAGCUGCUGAACAAAGCCUACAGAGAGCGGGAGGAGCAGGGCAGCGGCAGCUAAAAGGUGUUUAAUCCACACCCUCAACUGCUCUGACAGCCGGUGCUCCCCUCGCCUCGAGUCACCCCGGCAAAUACAACAGCAGCUGCUUUUUCCUAUCAUACAAUUUUAUUUGGCUGCACUGGUGAAUCAAUUCAAACUCUUAAUGCUGUAUCAAGGGGAUAACAAAUACUCAAGUGCUUUACAGCUUUCCAUAGUGGAUUUUAAGUUAUUUAUUUAUAUACCUAUUUAUUUGAGGAACAUGUGUGUCUAAAGAGGAUCAA